GUACUUUAGCCCUCCAGGCUUAGGGACGCAGGCUGCCCAGACCUGAGGUGGUGUGCGGACAUGGACCGCGGAGCUGCCGCGGCCCAGGGCACUGCCCCGCCUCAGGAUGGAGAGCAGCCCGCUGAGUCUCCAGAGCCUCCGCCGCCUUGGCCGCCGCCGCCACCACCACCGGCUCCGCCGCCGGCUCCGCCGCUGCUCUCCGAGCCUUCGCCAGAACCCGUACCAGAGCCCUGUCCAGAGCCUGCUCCAGGACCCUGUCUGGAAGCGACCUCAGAACCAGCCACAGAACUGUACACAGAACCGACCCCAGAACCAGCCACAGAGCCGGCGCCAGAACCUGCCACAGAGCCGGCCCCAGAACCUGCCACAGAGCCGGCCCCAGAACCGGCCCCAGAACCUGCCAUAGAGCCAGCCCCAGAACCUGCCACAGAGCCUGCACCAGAGCCGACUCCAGAACCUGCCCCAGAGUCGGUCCCAGAGCAGGCCCCAGAGCUGACUCCAGAAGUUACCCCAGAGCCGGCCCCAGAGCCGACCCCAGAACCUGUGACAGAGCUGGCCCCAGAGUUCUGCCCUGAGGCGCCUCCAGAGUCCCGUCCGAGUCCAGCACCAUGUCUAUUGCAAUGUCCGGUGGACACUCGAGAGAGGGGUCUAAAGACCUCGCCAUCGCCAUUGCCAUCGCCCAGAACGCCAAUGUCGUGGUCCAGAAUAAAGAAAAUAUUGAAGGAAGGACCUAUGCUGAAGAACUGUAACUCCUUCAAGAGAUGGAAGCUUAGAUAUUUUCUGGUUCAAGGACAGAAGCUCUACUUUGCACACCAUCCCGCGUUUGCACACUUUGAAACGAUUGAUCUGUCUCAAGCCGCUGUGGCAGAAAGCAGCUGUAGAAACCUUUGCCACAGUUUUUGUGUUAUCACACCACAACGAAAAAUCACUCUGGCUGCACCCAACCGGAAAGACAUGGAAGAAUGGAUUAACGUCAUAAAAACCGUCCAACAGGGAGAAAUUUAUAAGAUACCUGCAGCAGAAAACAACCCUUUUCUUGUUGGAAUGCACUAUUGGUACUCCAGCUACAGCCACCGGACUCAGCACUGCAAUGUUUGUCGAGAGAGCAUUCCUGCCUUAUCCAGAGAUGCCAUCAUCUGUGAAGUGUGCAAAGUGAAAUCUCACAGAUUAUGUGCUUUGAGAGCAAGCAAAGACUGCAAGUGGAAUACAUUGUCUAUCACUGAUGACCUCCUUCUGCCUGCAGAUGAAGUAAACAUGCCCCAUCAGUGGGUAGAAGGAAAUAUGCCUGUUAGCUCUCAGUGUGCAGUAUGUCAUGAGAACUGUGGCAGUUAUCAGAGACUUCAAGACUUCCGCUGCCUGUGGUGUAAUUCUACGGUGCAUGAUGACUGUAGGAGACGGUUUUCCAAGGAAUGUUGCUUCGGAAGCCAUCGCUCAUCAGUCAUUCCUCCCACUGCUCUAAGUGACCCCAAAGGCGAUGGCCAAUUAGUAGUAUCUUCGGACUUCUGGAAUCUUGAUUGGUCAUCAGCCUGUUCAUGUCCCUUGCUCAUCUUCAUCAACUCCAAAAGUGGCGAUCAUCAGGGGAUCGUCUUCCUCCGAAAAUUCAAGCAAUACCUUAACCCAUCUCAAGUGUUCGACCUAUUGAAGGGUGGACCUGAAGCAGGGCUGUCUAUGUUCAAGAACUUUGCUCGCUUUCGCAUUCUGGUUUGUGGUGGAGAUGGCAGCGUGAGCUGGGUCUUAUCUCUGAUUGAUGCCUUUGGAUUACAUGAAAAGUGUCAGCUGGCAGUCAUCCCACUUGGAACUGGCAAUGAUCUGGCUCGUGUCCUGGGCUGGGGUGCAUUCUGGAACAAAAGCAAGUCACCUCUGGACAUCCUCAACAGAGUGGAGCAGGCUAGUGUGAGGAUCCUAGACAGAUGGAGUGUGAUGAUUCGUGAGACUCCCAGACAAACCCCACUGCUAAAAGGACAGGUUGAAAUGGAUGUACCACGAUUUGAGGCUGCUGCCAUCCAACACUUAGAAUCUGCAGCCACCGAGUUGAACAAAAUCCUGAAGGCCAAGUACCCCACAGAGAUGAUCAUCGCAACCAGAUUCCUGUGUUCAGCCGUGGAAGAUUUUGUGAUUGAUAUUGUAAAGGCCUGGGGUCAGAUAAAACAGAACAAUACAGCAAUAGUGUCUGUGAUUUUGAAAAGUGACUUAAUGUAUGAUAAGCUCAGUGUCCUGAUCGAUGUCCUGGCUGAGGAGGCAGCAACUACUUCUUCUGAGAAAAGUGCUACAGUAUAUGCAGACAGCAGCAAGGCAGAUAGGAAGCCCUUCGUUCUUCAAAUAGACCACAUAGCCAAGUGCAAGUUGGAGCUGGCCACAAAGGCCCAGAAUCUCCAGAAAUCCUUGAAACUCAUCAUAUUCCAAGUUGAACAAGCUCUGGAUGAGGAAAGCAGACAGACAAUAUCUGUUAAGAACUUUAGUUCAACUUUCUUCCUGGAAGAUGACCCAGAAGAUACUAACCAGACAAGCCCACGACGCCGUUCUCGUCGUGGCACUUUGUCUGCUAUAUCUUCUCUCAAAAGUGAGGACCUAGACAACCUUAACUUGGAUCACUUAUAUUUUACACCUGAAUCUAUACGCUUCAAAGAAAAAUGUGUCAUGAACAACUACUUCGGAAUUGGACUGGAUGCUAAAAUUUCUCUGGACUUCAACACCAGAAGAGAUGAACACCCAGGGCAAUACAAUAGCCGCCUUAAGAACAAGAUGUGGUAUGGCCUUCUGGGAACCAAGGAACUUUUACAGCGCUCUUACAGGAAACUGGAAGAACGAGUGCAUUUGGAGUGUGAUGGAGAAACCAUCUCCUUGCCAAACCUGCAAGGCAUCGUAGUGCUCAACAUUACCAGCUAUGCCGGAGGUAUCAACUUCUGGGGAAGCAACACAGCAACCACGGAAUAUGAGGCUCCUGCAAUCGAUGAUGGGAAGCUGGAGGUGGUGGCAAUCUUUGGCUCUGUGCAGAUGGCAAUGUCCCGUAUCGUCAACCUGCAUCAUCAUCGCAUUGCCCAGUGCCAUGAGGUGAUGAUAACCAUUGAUGGUGAAGAAGGUAUCCCAGUGCAGGUGGAUGGGGAGGCCUGGAUUCAGAGACCAGGCCUUAUCAAGAUUAGAUACAAGAAUGCUGCUCAGAUGCUGACAAGAGAUCGGGACUUUGAGAAUUCAAUGAAAAUGUGGGAGUACAAGCAUACUGAAAUUCAAGCUGCCCCUCAACCCCAGCUGGACUCCCAGGACUCUCAAGAGAGCCUCUCUGAUGAGGAGUAUGCCCAGAUGCAGCACUUAGCUCGGCUUGCAGAAAACCUCAUCAGCAAACUUAAUGACCUGAGCAAGGUCCACCAGCAUGUGUCUGUCCUCAUGGAUUCUGUGAAUGCCAGCGCUAACAUCCUGAAUGAUAUAUUUUAUGGCCAAGACAGUGGCAAUGAGAUGGGCGCAGCUUCCUGUAUUCCCAUUGAAACUCUAAGCAGAAAUGAUGCUGUAGAUGUCACAUUUAGUCUUAAAGGGCUCUACGAUGACACCACAGCUUUCCUGGAUGAAAAGCUGCUGAGAAGUGCUGAGGAUGAGACCGCACUACAAAGCACCCUGGAUGCCAUGAAUAAGGAGUUCAAAAAACUAUCUGCGAUUGACUGGAUGAAUCCAAUCUUUGCUCCAGAGGAAAAAUCUUCGGACACUGACAGUAGAAGCCUCAGGCUGAAAAUUAAGUUCCCCAAAUUGGGAAAGAAAAAGCUAGAAGAGGAACACAAGCCUAAAUCAGGCCAGAGUGUCCAGAGUUUUGUUGGUAAUCUGUGGCACCGCAGACAUUGUGAAGAUGAAGCAAAGGGCGAUGAUCCUCUAACACCAUCAAGAUCUCAACUGUAGCCCUUGAAAGCUGGAAGAACUCACAACAUUGAGAAUUCUACU